CGACACUCUGCCUAUCAACCUGAAGGAGGAACAGAUGAAACCAGGGGACCUCGUCUUCAUGUCCGGAAUCUACACCAACCCAAAAUCCAAGAAGCAGCGCCACAACAUGACUCAUGUGGAGAUCUGGCUCGGGGGAGGGUGAGAAGACCAUCGGCGCCCGCUGGAACAAUGGCAAGGUGAAGGUGUUUGACAGCUACAGGUUCUCAGCCAAAAGCUUCCACAGUGAGAGGUACUACUUCAAGUCAAUAGACACCUGGCUCAUGGGUAUCUGCAAGAGUUAUUGUCCCCAACAUCCAUGGAAACGUACAAAAUACAAACCAAGCAAGAAAUCUGUCUUCCAUCCUGCCUCAAGUUCUUCCACUCCAGAACAACAGGAUGAAGCUGCUAGUGGGGAUGAUGAUGCUGACAGACCAAGUACAUGUGUCCUUGACCUUGGUGACAGUCAUUCACCCUCAGAGUGCUCUGCCAAUCAACAGAACCUGGAGAGAGAAAUCAUUGAGGUGGAUUCAGAAACUGUCACUCUUGCAUCUGUAGCGGAAGGAUCUGACAGAGAAUUUGAAAGUGAUUCCGAACUUCCAGAUGAGGUAUCAGGUUAUCUUUCCUGUAGCAGCGAUGGGGAAUCAACAGAAAAAACACAGGAUGACCACUGGGCUUUUUAUGAUCAACUGGAUUGUCCAGAGAGUUUCAGUCCUUCCCUUGCAGAAUAUUCAAUGGCUGAUUCUUAUUCUGAACCAAACACUGAUAUCCACACUAUCCACAGUUCAAGGAGUUCUGCCACUUUGCAGUUAGAACCUCAGAAACCAAAUCCUUCUCACAGAAGCAACUCUCUCCCUGAAUUCCAUGGCAAUGACGAAGAAGACCACACCAGUGGAAUUACUCCAUUUGGUGGCAUCAACACUGCCUGGGACUCAAGUCAGUUUGACUUUUUAGAAUCUGGUCAGGGACCAGAAAAUGUCACAGAUUAUGAAGGUCAUAUACAACAGAAUGGACAAGAAUUGCUGCCUCUGCUCGCUGAUGUCACCCAAUUAGAAUCUCACAUAGUGGACACUCAUUUUGUAAACUGUGACCUCAUGAGUGUAUCUGAUAGUGCCUCAACAUUAGACCUUUAUUUUGAUCCUUGUUAUUGUAUAGCUGAAUGUGAUUCUGAGACCUGUGACUACACUGCUGAACAUUUGGAUGAUAUGUCAUCAACUUUAUAUAUUCCCAAAGUCAAUAUUCUUGAAGAUGGAGAUAAAUGUAAUGAAUUUGAAACCAUUGACCAUCUUUCUGAUUCAAGUUCUGAGUUUGACUUUCCUCUUGCUGAAGGUAGAUCUGAUAUCUCAGAACCUCUAGACAUCAGAGAUGCUUCAGACAUCCAUGAACACCAUUCAAUGGACAAACGUGUUGUAUCCUCUUCUGAAAUCCCUCCUGAGAACACAAAUCCAGAUGUGUCUGAUGUCUGGCAGACUCCACCUACUGAUGCAGACGGACAUCAGUCAUCUGACAACUCUGGACAAAAUGGUGCCUCAGCCAAUCAGUCAGGCAAUUCUGAUCCCAGCAAGGGGGAAGGGCGUGGCAACAACAGUGAUGGGGCCGGACCCCCACACAGAGGAGGAGGAAAGAAAACCCCUGGUGGCAAACCAACGAAACUCCCAGCUUGCAGUCUCGCCAACAACAUGACUCCAAGCUUCUACAUCGGCUGUGGAAAUGGAGUAGCCUUAGUGGAGGCUCCUCUGUUGGAGCUGGGAUGGAAGCGGACGGCUGACAAGUACGAUGAGCGCUUCCGACUCAAGUGGGUGGAAUGCAAGAGUAGAAUCAACUACUCUGCUUUCAGAGAAGGGGAUCAGCUGGUGAACCACAUCGCCAACUGCCAGAUGCUGACCAACAAGAUGGGCUUACUCAACAGCCUUCAGGAAUAUGAGAGGGUCACGCUGUCAACCAAGGGGAGAUUACCCCGCCUGAAAAUGUCGGAGUUUGUGCCAGAGACAUAUCGGCUGGAUAACCGUGAUGACCGAGAGACCUUUCUACAGGUGUAUAAAGAGAAUGAGAUCUGGAUUUCCAAGCCGACAGGGAUGAACCAGGGCAAGGGUAUAUUCUUGCUGCGGACACAAGAAGAGAUUGACAAACUUCUGUCUGAGCGGGACGCCAGACAGCAGCAGAGUAAACCUUCCCGGCCCCUCAUGUCGCGGAUCGUACAGAGGUAUAUCCACAACCCUCUGUUACUGGACGAGCGGAAGUUUGACAUCAGGGCCUACAUGCUGAUUGCCAGCACAGUCCCGUACCUGGUUCUGUAUCACAAGGGCUAUGUCCGACUCUCCUGCCACAAGUAUGAUGGAGAGGACACCAACCUCACCACCCAUCUCACCAACCAGUUCAUCCAGAAGAAGGUUCCCAACUAUGGGGACGUGAAGGAGGACACGGCAUGGAGCAUGGAUAAGUUCAACGACUACAUCAACGAGAAGGUUGCCCCAGAGAAAGGGAUAGAACAGGACUGGGUGUACAACACGCUAACAAGACAGAUGCAGAGGAUAAUGCUCCACUGUUUCAACUCAGUUAAACACAAGCUGCAGUGUAAAGUUGGCUACUUUGACCUGUACGGCCUGGACUUCAUGGUGGACCAGGAGAUGAAGAUCUGGCUGAUUGAGAUCAACAUCAACCCGUGCCUGGCCAUCAACUGUGCAGCUCUCAAGGAGGUCAUCCCAGACAUGGUGGAGGAGACUAUCCAUUUAUGCCUGGAGAGCUUUGAGAAGAGUCGCAGACACCAGCCAUUGAUGCCACUCAGUUCCCUGAAGAAAUUCGCAGUGUUGCAUUGUGGCUCCAGCCCCUACUCUGUGGGUCAUCGGCAGACGAGAAGUGUCUCCCCUGCCAAGGACAACAGCCAGGAGAAAUCAAAGUCUACGCAGUCAUCCAACAAUCCCCGACAGAGUCGAUCACCAAGUCGGUCGGUUCCUCGUGUUGCCAUUUCACAAACUCCUGUUGUCACACAGUCUCAGAACCAGACACGAAAGUCAGAAUUUUCCACCAUUCUGAAUCCACAAGGUACGGGAGGAGGGAGUAAAACUACCACCAGUGCUAAAACGAGUACUGCUAGUAGAAAUUUGGGCAGCUCAAACACUUCAUCGUCUUUCCCAAAGUCUGCAAACAGUACAGGAAAUACCAACUCAGGGAACACUGGUACAAACAAAACAACAAAAACAGCUAGCAACAACACAACAACAAGUUCUUCGACAGAUAAAACAACCAAACCAGCAUCCAACACAACAGCAAGCAGUGGGGUGAAUGGGAAUCGUGGGACAGAGAAAACACACAAUGCUCCAGCAUCAACCGUGUCUGCAACCACCAGCAGUGGAAAUGGCAGUUCAGGGAAUUCUGGGACAGCAAACAGCACUGGUGUAAAAGCUGUCAGGACAAGUAAAAGUGCAGAUGCUAAGACUAGUCCCAAGUCUGAGAGUACAGUAAGUAGGAACAACAACAACAACAACAACGGCGGCAGCAUGGCUACAUCGUCAACCAAAGCUGGCAUCACCAAUGGAGGAAGCACUCUAGGGACAGACAAGACGGCGAAGACAAACAACAGCCAGAACAAGUAAAACUGCUGACGUUAAAACAAGCCCCAAAACCGAUACCGCAACAAAGCCUCAACAAGGCAGUGGUGAGAAGCCUGCCAAUAAAAACAAUAACGCAAGCUCUCAGAAACCUAAAGCCAGUUCUCCCGGCAAGACAGAAGCUGACAAAGGAAGUAAGACUGACAAAUCAUCUAAACCAACCACAACAAAUUCCUCACCCAAAUCGGAAUCCUCGGGGAAAGAUGUAAAGACUGUGUUAAAGACAACGAAGACUGAAUCAAAACCAGAGCCAGUGUCAAAAAAGGACAGUAAAGUUUCUGAAGGACGUUCAGUGAAACAAACGGUUCCAUCUAGUCAGAGUCCGAGCCCCAGAGGGUCUGGAGGAGAAGAUGUGAAACUGAAGAUGACUCAUGCCAAAGGCUCUGGGAGUCGGAAGAACAGACCUCGAGCUGAUACUGGGAAUUGAUGACGUAUCAGUUUAGUUUCUGUGACAUGUCGACUGUGAUAACACUGUGUGCCAGGAUAAUUAGGUAAAGGUGCUGUGUGAUGUCUCAUUUCAUAGCAACUUCACCCAAAUUCAGUUUUCACAGAAUAAUACUGAAAUAUUCAGGAUCAAAUCAAGUAAUUUCAAUACCAGUCACCAUCAGUAUUUUAACACUUUUCUGGAAUCAGCAUGAGACUGGAUAUAUUGGGUAUCAUCUCUGGCACACAAGCGUCAUGGUGAUGCUUGACUUAUGGUUUCACCAAGGCAACAUUAAGCAGAUACAACUUAUAUUGAAACCUUGUGUUUUCUAGUGUUGAAGAAACAGUAUUAAUUUCAUUUUGAUUCAGAAAUGUCACCAUUGUCAGAUUGUAUUACGUGGUAUUCUUCAUCACCAAAGUUCUGUAAUGAGCUGGAAGAUAACUGCAAUAUUUACUUACUGGCAUCAGAGUACAGCCUCAGCAACCACUGACCAAUCAGAUUCAGAGGACAAGGGUCAGCCAAUCACAGAAAACGUCAGGUUGCUGUUGAAAUCCCCCAUCCACCCUCAUCCCCAUAAAUCUUUUGAGUGCUUUUGCAUCACCAAAUCAUUAGCUAUUUUUUCAACUUGAUUACUUACCCAUAGACAAAAGAACAAAUGGAUGUUAUCCCUUCUGAAAUGCCUAAGUUUGUUAUCAUUGUUGAACUCAAGGAGUAAAAAGCAAUUUGCCAUUUAAAAUAAUCCAGGUGCAUAAUAUAAUGUUUUUUAUUGAUAGAGGGUUAAUAAAAUGAGAACUCUUUAACUGGACGGUGUUCAAUUUAUAUAAAAAUAUAAUAAGUACCAGAAGUGCAAAGCAAUGAUCUUCUGGACCCAGCAUCUGUGAUAAGUAUCUUGUGACAUGUUUUAAUGUCCUGAGCACCAAGUAGACAACAGCAGUACUAGACAUCUGCACCAAAUUACUGCUGAUUCAACAAGACUGAAACUGUGGAGUUACUGCAGUCAGUUCAUACGUCCCAAGUUGUCCAGAUCCAGAGUACUUUCUAUUUUUUAUGAAAACUUGUGAUUAGAUGUUACCACAUGUGAAUAGAUGUCACUACAUGUGAAUCGAUGUUACUAAAUAUCAAGGAAGUAUAAUACUGCUUUAUUAAUUGCUAAUAUUAUAUUUGAAAAGAUGGAAUCGAUUUAAACUAUGUUAAGUACUAUGUUAAUGGCAAAACUUGUUUGUUAUAAUAACAAAAAGAAUGAAAAUUUCACACAAUGUUUCAAAUGUUUCCCAUAUGCAGUGGAACAGUAAACAUUUGAGACAAAUUCUUCAAAAGAGCUCCUCUGCACUUUCCAAAGUCAUAUUACAAUGUAUUUAGAUAAUGAUAGAAAUCUAUAAAAUUAAAAGUGUAGGUGCAACCACCACCCUGCCAAAUUAUAUCUGAUAAAAUGGAGCUGAAAGUCAUAAGAUGGAUGUCAACUUGCUCUUCCCAGGUAACCAUGUUUGAUGAAAGUAGGUUUCGUCACAGACAGUAGGGAGAGCAUCAGUGUUUGCGUGUCUUCUAUCCCAGGCUGAUCAGCGUGGAUUGCUUGUAGAUGUAUUUACUUGCUCAAUUAGUCCUACCUCAUAGUUACCACAUAGGGAAGCAGAAGAGUAGUGCCACGUUAAAAUUAGAAGUUUUGAGUGAAAUAACUAUGGGAGUCCCAGGUUUAGCAGACCUGUUGAUGAAGAGACACACAUUAAUAGUGAGAUUCUGACAAACCGGAUAGGUGGGUCAAAUCUCAAAAACUCUUUAUUUGUUACUCUGAUGAAUUCCUCCUUUUGUCCACCACAUACAGUAAGAUGAUGUAAGAUGACACAUGCACUGAACGUAUUGAUAUAAUCACAAGGAAAACAACUAUAAUCAACAGUACCCUGUCUAUUUUCCCUCCUGCAGUCUAAGUCCAUUCUUGUUGAAGUGGGCUACAUGCAAGCAAGGAUGAGGAAUGGGAGUUCUUGUUACCUAAUCACUGAGUUUGCUUUGACUGAAGUCAUUCUUUGACUAAGGAAUUUUCACCAUAAAAAUUCUACAAACCAAGGCAUACAGGAAGUCUAGCUCGCCUAAGUGACUUAUGUUUACACUACUCAACUUGUGAUAAGGAUACAGAGAUGGUUCAUACUACUGUGUAUCCAUAUCAUGAGUACAUAUGUAAAAUAUAUAAAUUAUCUGUAUUAAAAUUUGAGUAGUGCAUGUGAAAAAACACAACCCAAAAAGUCAUUUUAAAUUUUGGAAUAUUGAUGUAGUUUCUGGUGAAAGGUUUAAGAGAUGAAAUACUUUUCUCAUUCAGUGUUGGAUGUCAGUGAAGAAUGUACAGGAGCAUUUACAGAGCUGUGCGGCAGUAAUAAGUCAUCUUAUGUUUUGGUGCCAUAUGUUUUAAACAAAAUACAAUUAGAUGUGAUUUUAGUUCAUUUGUAACCAGGUAUUUUACAUGAAAUAUGUAUGGCACAGUUAGGAUAGAUUGAACAAAAAUUGCUUUAUGAAUUGGUGUAUUCCCAAAAAUUGAAAUGUGAAAAACAUUAAAACACAGAGAAGGAGAUAUGUUAAAAAUUCCUCAUAUCAGAAGUAAGUAAAAUAAUUAACGUAAAAAGUUAGUUCCCUUCCUUUCAAUAUUGAUAAAACUUUAAAGAUGCUAUUUUUAAAACUUAUAAUAAAACCUUAUCUUAUGAACAAAUUAUUAUGACAAUACUCCCCAGAUAUUGCAAUUGGAGUUUUGUUUUAUGUUUACAACAUUCUGGAUGGUUAUUUUGGCACAUCUUGGCCUGUCUGUUAACCUACAACUAAGUGUCUGUUAUAUCCAAAACAUUUAUUAUUUAAGUCAGUGAUUUGUCAGUUUUUAGAUAUUCAUUGUUUUUUUUUUUAUUUCAAAAUAAUUCAGCAUAUAUUCAGUGUUCCUUAUAUGGACAUUGUACCACAUUGAAAAUAGAACCAAGUAAUGCUAAUAUUAGGGUACCGGUAUGUCACAAUGAUUGAUGAAGCUCUGCAGUUUCAUGUAGAAAAUAUCUUUAUUGAAUGUUAAAAAUAUUUCCAUCAAGCUGCUUUAAUUAAAUCAUUAUUGUGAUAUUUUGAUGCCUGAAUAAAUAAUUUUGUCUGUGAUAUUUACUGUAAUGUUUUAUUAUUUUUGUUAUUGAAAGUAUUGUUAUAUAGUCUGUGAUUGUAUACUUCAUUUUUUCCGCAUGCUUGUUGCCAAUAAGUAUAACAAAAUCAAUGUAUUAUUAUUUUGCAUAAAAAUAGAUGUUUU